GACCUCCCGGACUUCGCCGCCAUCAACCGUGCGGUCCCUCAGAUGCCCACAGGCAUGGAGAAGGAGGAGGAAUGCGUGAGUACCACACAAAGGACACACACAUGGCUGCCAUUGCAGACCUGUGCUGCUGAGGCGCCAAACUGCCACCACGAACACCCACUGACCACCGAUGCUCAACAUGACACGAACCCAGAACACCAUCUCCAGAGGGCUAUCUCCGCACAGCAGGCCUUUGGCCACACCGUUGAACACGUGAUCCCAACCCCGGAAGUGUACGCCGCGCUCGACAAGGACUACGACGAGCUCUAUCCGCCUAACUAUAAGAUCCCGCGCCAACUGAUUCACAUGCAAAUGCUGGCUAUCGAGCAGGACAUCCCUGACUACGACAUGGACUCGGAGGACGAGGAAUGGCUGAGCACUCAGUCGAUGCAAAUGUCGUUGACAUCAAAUAAGUUCGAAGAGAUGAUGGAAAGGCUGGAGAAGAGUAGCGGACAACACGUCGUGACACUAAAAGAGGCGAAACUAUUGCUCAAAGAGGAGGACGACUUGAUUAUCGCUGUCUAUGACUAUUGGCUCAACAAACGACUCAAAACACAACAACCUUUGAUCCCAAUAGUCCGGAGCGAGAAGAGGGACGGAUCGACCGGUAAUAACCCUUACGUCGCCUUCAGGAGGAGGACUGAGAAAAUGCAGACCCGAAAGAACCGCAAAAACGAUGAGACGUCUUAUGAAAAGAUGCUGAAACUCAGGCGAGACCUCAGUCGCGCUGUAAAUUUAUUAGGAUUUGUAAAACAAAGAGAGGAUUUCAAGAGAGAUCAUCUCCAAUGCUCGGUCGCUAUCUAUGAGAAACGCUAUCAAAUUGGUGACUAUAGCGGACAAAUCUUUAGCGAAGUGUCGGCGCUUCGCCAUAUAAGGCCCGCCUCCACCUAUUUAUCACUAAAUAAUCAAAGCGUUAAAAACAAUGAGCGAGGGGUGGGUCGGCCCAGGAUUCGAACUGACGAUCACUCGAAACCCCGACCCAAGCGGUCGUACAAACGGCGCGACAAACGCGACGAACCGCAACCGAUUCGUGUCGAAGUUCAUGACAACGAUUAUACCUAUAAUAGUUCCGAUGACGAAGUCGGCAGUACGUCACCCAUCGCUGACCAGACCUCCGAUCAGGAGGAACACGAAGACCCCGACGGAGUGUACGCUUUCAAGAGGAAGAGGGGCUGUAGUUAUUACGCGCCACUCAUCGAUAGGUUAGGCAACUGGCCGUACAGUUCGCCUCGUGAAGGCGGCACUGGAGACCGCAGAUACAGGUUCUGCUUGACGUCCAUAUCAAAGCCGACGCCCCGUUGUAUAGGGUUUGCUCGGCGGCGAUACGGACGCGGAGGACGAUUACUUAUAGAUCGCGCCUACACUCCACUCGACCCCUUUUGGUCGGAUUUUUCGCGAAACACAAUUCCAAACGGAUUUCCCUCUAAUAAUGAGCUUUUGAGUGAAAUUAAAAACGAAUGGUUACACUUCAGGCCCCGAACGCCACCUCAAGAGUCUUCAAAUUUGUGUAAUUUAUCAGAAAGUGUUGAUAACAAUGAAUACGAUUCUGAAGGGAAUGUGAUUCCUGUAGUGGCCAUCACCUCAUUGAAGGACUAUAUCGACGAAAACAGCAUUACAUCGAAUGGAGUGCACAAUGAGAUAGAUAUCGAGAGUUUCCACAAACAUCAGGAAGAGUUGAUGGAAAUGCAGAGGAAACAGAUGGAACGCCUCAAACACAACCACCAGACAGUGGGUGACCCUCAGGGGUCCCAUAGUGUGUGCAAUUCAGAACAUGUGGGCCAUUGGUCGCACUCGUCCAAAGUGGUGACGCCGUCGCCCUCAUCGGUGUCGUCCCCCAUGAAGAAGGCGUCGAGUGUAGUGUCAUCUGAAAACUGGCCGCCAAUGCGUUCAACUCAGAGCUCAAUACAGUUCUCAACGUUAGACUCGGCAUCGGUUCAGUUCGCCGUUAGUGUCGUCCGGAGUGCCAGUGAAUUGACUUCUAGUGUCUCUCACAAUCGGACACAAACUCAUAACACAUGUGCUAAUGACUCAUCCAAAGAGACUCCACUCAACUCUUAUGCCAACAAUUGUGAGAAACAAUACAUUAGUGACAAGCCGUUGGGUGCGAGCAAUGGUCCCAUUCAUGGCAAGGAUAUGUAUCGCAAGACAAAUAACAUUGAACUAAGUUUGCCGUCCACUGCAUCUCUGACCACCUCUACGACGGGCCCAGUGCUCGACACAAACGACUCGCACUCUCUCUCACCCCUCACUCCGAGUCCCACCUCAACCUCAACCCCAACCCCAACCUCUUGUAAAUCGAAAUUUCAAAACAGUAGCCAAAAGACGAACACAACUAUACCUCCGACUGAUGUCACUUGAAUUGGACUCUAAUUUAUAUUUCUCUCGAUUUCAUUGUUUUCCAAUUGAUAUAUCAUUUGAUCGAUUGCUCCCAUUCUGUGCUGUAAAUCGUUAUUACUUUUGUUUGUCUCAAACGAGUCAUAACUAAACACAA